AUGUCUCGAUACACGACUGCAUGGUGGAUCACUGACCCAAAUCGCGUCGGGCAUCAGCCCACCGUAACCAUCCGCUCCAGCACACAUGCAGCCGCCGUGAAGUUGUACUGUGCCAGCAUCUCCAGCACGACGUUCACAUUCACAAGGCCCAGCACCUGCCACCAUUUCCUGAAACAUCCGCAGACCCUCCUCCAGCUGUCCCAAUAUGAACGCCGCACGCGCGAGCGCGUUGAGCUCGAAGUGAUGCACAUGCUGUACAAUGUCGAUACCGACACGCCAUUCGCCGAAUGGGAGCACGGCUAUGGCGGACGUCUCUGUGACUCCGACUGGCCCAAUUCUCAGUGGGCGUCCACCUCUCAAGUCGCCUCAUUGAGUUCGCCGGAGUAUCUAAUGAGGGCCCACAACAGGCGGAGCAGCGAACAGCACAGCUAUCACGAGGAUGCAUUCGAGGGGCGCCACCGCAACUUGGCCCUUCCCUCCCAGCUUUCCUCCUCCUCACUGAUCCAGUCGCCCUCCAUGCCGCCUCGCAACAAUCAUCAGGACGGGAUAGACUUCGAUCUAUUGGAUCUGGCAAUGGAGUCAUUGGUCCGACUGCAGGAGAUUCUUGAUGAGGCUUCAGAGGGAGAGGCAAAGGAUGUCUAUGCAGACCUCGUCGAAGCGGAGGGCAGCGGUAUGGCCAACUAA